ACAGAGGUUGAUAUUGCAGCAACACGUAUUCGUUUUAGUUUUGUGCACUUCGCUGUCCGCUUCUCCUGACGCACCAAUUCAGCGCAUUUUCCAGCAGAGAUCACAGGCCGGGAGGAUGACAGCUCGAGUGUAUUUCUCGUUGAUUGCUGUUUUAUCGUGUCUGUUUGGAUACUUGAGCAUAACUCACGCUAUUCAAAGACGAACCACAGUGGACAGUUUCUGUCCGGCAAGGCUGACGGUCGUGCCGUCCCAUCGAGGAUGUUCUUCUGAUGAAGACUGCCCUGGAGGACACAAAUGCUGUCGAUUUGACUGUGGGCCUGUUUGCGUACUGCCUGUUUUCAUGAAGCUGGGUCAAUGUCCCAUACCGGAGAUGAUUCCACUGUGUGCUGAAAGCUGUUUCAAUGAUGGCCAGUGUCCUGGCACACAGAAAUGUUGCCCAACCACCGGUGGCUUUGCAUGCAGUGAACCACGUGGUCAGGGAAGAGGUCAGGCAAGUUGCCAGGGAAGAGGUAUUGGCCAGGGAAGCGGACUGGGAAGUGGUAUUGGCCAGGGAAGCGGUUAUGGUCAGGGUUAUGGCACUGGAAUGGGAAGCGGCACUGGAAUGGGAAGCGGACAGGGAAGUGGCGCUGGAAUGGGAAGCGGACAGGGCCAGGGAAGCGGCGCGGGCCAGGGAAGCGGCGCUGGAAUGGGAGGUGGAACGGGAAGCGGUGCGGGCCAGGGAAGCGGCGCUGGAAUGGGAGGUGGAACGGGAAGCGGACAAGGCCAGGGAAGCGGUCAUGGAAUCGGCGCUGGCCAGGGAAGCGGUCAUGGAAGCGGCGUUGGAAUGGGAAGCGGUGCUGGCCAGGGAAGCGGCGCUGGC